CAGCCCGCUGUCUUUCUUCCUCUACCCCCGAUUCCCUCGUCUCCCGCCGCCGCCGCCGCCCCCGCACACCGGCGACCUCGCUCCCGGGCUCGGCCCUCUCCCCACCGCAGCCGCCCUCCACCCCCACUCCCUCCUCCUCCCCUCGCCUUCUCCCCCAGAUCGAGCAGCAGGUCAGGCGGCGGCCAGAUCCGCCACGGUGCUUCAGGAUCCGCGCCGUCAUCACGCGAGGGAGGUCGGCUGCUUCUCCCCAGUCGCUCGCGCGCCAGGAGGGAGCUCGCUGCGGCUCGGCCGCUCCGACCCUAGCGUCAACGCCAUGGAGCUCGUCAACAAGGAGAACUUACCCCUGGAGGAGGGAUUCGGGAGCCUGAGAUAAAUCUUCGGGCCCAACAAGCAGGCUCCAGGAGGAGGAGGGUUGAGGCGUGGAUCGAUGUAGGUAGCUAUGCUGAUCGCCAGGCCUGCACAUGAGGUAUGGAAGGGGACGACGAGACCUCGGCGGUGGAGGCAGUGCUGGGGCUGAGCCCUCAGAUCUUCAUCAACGAGGUCCUCAACAUGGUUGACGACAUCCGCUUCCAGGCCUUCGAGUACUGCCUCCAGGAAGGUGCCCCCGCGGCCGUCAGCACCGCCACGGCGACCAAUCAGGCUGAGGAGCUAAAACGGGGAGUAAAUGCAAUUUGCAACUUGGUAACGGAUGUAUUGAACAAAAGAAUGAGCAAUUGGGAGAUGUAUUGCCUUCGGAAAUGUUUAACUGUACCUGAAGGAUUUGUGGCACCUGAAGAUGAUAAUUCUUCUGCAACGGUGUUGCAUAAAGAUGGGAAUUCUGAUUCGGAACUGGAUGCAGAACUUAAUUUUUUGAGAAAAAAACUGGCAGACGCUAACACGGAAUCUGAAGAACUUAGAAGAGAAAGUACUUCCUUGGAAAGGCAAGCUACAUACAAAAGUAACCUUAAUUCCUCUAUAACUGAAGUACUGAAGUUGUAUGAAGACAAAUCUGUUAAGGAGAAUAUUCAAGGUAUUGUGAAGGCAAUACCGAAGUUGCACCAGAAAAUGAAGGUUAUGAGAAGGAAAAAGGUUGAGGUUGAGGCCAUGGUGGGUCAAAAUGUUUGGAAUGUCGAUUGUCUUAGAGACCAGAAGCGUUUAGCACCGGGUUCUAGUCCUAGCACCGAGGACAUUCAAGAGGUGAACACGGCCAUGAAAGGCUUGCGGAAGGAGUAACUUGUGUUGUGGGUGUUUGCAAUAUGAGGAUGUCGACCACUCCUUGCACUGCCAGGUGCAUCAAUGAAAAAUAGAGCAUAUACUAAGGAAGGGGCCCCGGCGUAUUCUAACUUGUAUAAUCAGCAGAAGCUACAACUGCAACCAAUUGACCCAGCAGGAGUUGAGCACACGAAGGCCAAGCUUGCGUCCAGCUCUUUCUUCAGCAACAGACCGCUUGUUCCUCUAUAACUUCAACUGGGUAAUACCAUGGUGCUUGCGCUUACCAUCGACAAUACCCUUGGGGACUGGCUUCUUCCUGCCACAGAUACCACUAUAGGGUUACUAACACUGUUGAACACAGACCUUUUGUUGUAAAAAAUAAUAAUUCCAAUGCUCAUUUGAGCUGGGCUUUCUUCGUGGUUCAACCAUUGUGGCGUUUUGCGCUGCUGCAGAUUCA